AUGGAAACUCACAUGUCUCGCUCACCGCCGUCCGGCAUACGCGUUAUCGUUGUCGGGGCGGGCUUUGCAGGUAUCGCCGCAGCCAUUGAAUGCGAUCGCAAAGGCCAUUCUGUCACGCUGCUCGAAAAGGCCCAGGACGUUGAUGAGAUUAUGCGACUUGGUGAUAUUAUCAGUUUUGACCCCAACGGAUCAAAAGCAUUUGAGCGCUGGCCAGGUGUGAUCGAGGCCAUGGAACGCAUCGCCCGCCAAACAACAUGGUUGGACUUAUACCACUACGAAGGGAAGUUCGUUACACGCCAGUCGUUUGCUGGGGAGAAACCCUGGGGCCGGCGCAUCAACGGACACCGUGGCGAAUUGCACAACAUUAUUUACAAACACGCAAAAUCGCGCGGAAUUGACAUCCGUCUUGGCCAGAGAGUCACGGACUACUUUGAAAACGACGAACAGGCUGGCGUGGUGUCGAACGGCCAACGCUUCACAGCCGAUGUUGUCAUAGCGGCCGAGGGUGUACGAUCCCGGGGCAGAAAAAUCGUCCUCGGCUCUGAAGAUAGCCCCAAGUCUUCGGGGUAUGCUGUGUAUCGUGCGUGGUUCCCGGCCACUGACUUGGCCAAGAAUCCAAAGACGCGACACCUCGUUUCAAAUGGCGACACGCACCAGGGCUUCAUUGGCCCCGAUAUCCAUUUUCUCGCGUCGUCCCUUAAAAAUGGUACAGAGUUCAACUGGGUCUUCACACAUGUUGAUGAUGGUAACAUCGAGGAAAGCUGGCAGUUUCCAGGAAAAGUGGAUGAAGCGCUUGCUUACUUGAAGGGCUGGGCACCCCUUGUACACGAGAUCGUUAAGACCACACCACCAGAUCGGUUGAUUGAUCACAAGCUCGUGUACCGGAGCCCCCUACCUACCUUCAUUUCGCCUAAGGCACGCAUUGCACUCAUCGGUGAUGCCGCUCACCCUUUCCUCCCCACUUCUAUACAAGGCGCCAGUCAAUCUAUUGAAGACGGGGUCGUUCUGGCCACAACGCUGGAACUAAGUGGGAAACACCGAGUGCCGCUGGGAGUCCGCGCAUUUGAAAAACUUCGUUACGACCGAGUCCACCGUGCCCAGGCCACGGGACCAGCGACACGUGAGAGAUGGCACCGAGCAAAUUGGGACGAAGUUUGGAUCCGCCCAGAGCUCAUCCACCUUGCCCGUGAACCGUGGCUGCUACAUUUUGAUGCGGAGUUAGAUGCGUAUGAAAGAUACAAUGUCGUCGUUUCCAGCAUGGAAAUGACCAAAGCUCACAUAUAA